CCCCACUGCAUUUCAUGCAUGCAUGUUCUCUCUAUAACUCUCUCUUCCUCCCUCUCUCUCUCUGCGCACGAAAACACACUUCUGUCAAUAACCCUAGAAGAGAGAAUCAAAGCAACGUCCCACUCAUGCAACGUAAAACGAUGGACUUUACCUUGUUCUGCAUCGCCCUGCUACUUCUCGCCACCAUGUCCCCCGUCGACUGCUGCCCACCGUCCGACCGGGCGGCCCUUCUCGCCUUCAAAGCCGCCCUUCAUGAGCCCUACUUGGGCAUCUUCAACUCGUGGACCGGCGACGACUGCUGCCACAACUGGUACGGCGUCAGCUGCGAAGCCGAGACCCGCCGCGUCGCCGACAUCAACCUCCGUGGCGAGUCGGAGGACCCGAUCUUCGAGCGGGCGAAGCGGCCCGGCUACAUGACGGGCACCAUCUCCUCGGCGGUAUGCAGGCUCAAGCGCCUUACCAGCCUCACGGUUGCCGACUGGAAGGGCAUCACCGGCGAGAUCCCAAGCUGCAUCACCACGAUCCCGUUCCUCCGGGUCCUCGACUUGAUAGGGAACCGCCUCUCCGGCGAGAUCUCGGCGAACAUCGGGAAGCUCCACCGCCUAACGGUGCUCAACGUCGCAGACAACAUGAUCACCGGCGAGAUCCCACAGUCAUUGACCAAUCUCUCGAGCUUGAUGCACUUGGACAUGAGGAACAACCGGAUCUCGGGUCCAUUGCCCCGAGAGUUUGGGAGGAUGAGGAUGUUGAGCCGGGCUUUGCUCAGUGGGAACCGGAUCACCGGAUCCGUACCCGACUCCGUUUCGGAUAUAUACCGGUUGGCAGACUUGGACCUUUCUUUUAACCAACUAUCCGGUCCGAUCCCGGUUUCUCUCGGCAAGAUGGCAGUCCUCGCCACGCUGAACCUCGACUCGAACAAGAUCUCGGGCCCAAUCCCCCAAACCCUGAUCAACUCCGCGGUGAGCAACUUGAACCUCAGCAGGAACGCGCUCCAAGGCACAAUCCCGGACGUCUUCGGGCCAAGGUCCUACUUCACCGCACUCGACCUAUCAUACAACAGCCUCCACGGCCCGAUCCCGAGGUCCAUAUCGUCUGCGUCGUUCAUCGGGCACAUGGACUUGAGCCACAACCACCUCUGCGGGCGGAUCCCUAGUGGGCCACCGUUCGACCACCUCGAAGCGUCGUCGUUCGUGUACAACGAUUGCCUCUGCGGGAAGCCCCUCAAAGCAUGUUAAACCGGGUCGGGGUCUCGGAGUCCUGGAUCCACGCUCAACCCGAAUUUACUGAAAUUUGUGCACUUGUUUGUGUUAGAGGAUGAAUGCUGUUAUGGUUUACCUAGGUAUAUGUUGUAUUAGAUUACGUUGAUUGAUAACAUUUCAUGCAUUAGUCUUAAAGUCUUGCACGAAAUGGAAUGGGGUUCACACACCAAGAAAGGGCUAAAAGUGGUAAUGAGUGAGCUAAUAAUUUGGAUGACAAGUCAUGUGGACUUGGAGAUAAUGUUCGUCCGUAUCGAUGUGACCAAAAACGAAGUAAUCGAACCCUUUUCUUAGCUAA